AGAUUUGAUGCGGCGAGGCGAUUAGAUACAAUUAGAUACUGUAUACGCCUUAUUUCAACACACCUUUUGAUCGAAACUUUAACUAAAAUAUAUUUCUAUUACACCAAAGAAUCAUUUCUUGUACCUGGUCGUACAGACCCGGUUGGGAUUUAAAGGAAGAUGAAGUGUGUGGUAUAUUGGUACUUCAUGGUAUUCCUUGUCUACGAAGUUACAGCGUUCUACAACAUAGCACUCGGGAGGAACGUUACUGUCUACUUCUACAAUCCCUUCCGUACCUUUAGCACGACGAACUUAACGGAUGGAAGUAACACAACGUGUGAGAGUUUGGAAGGGCGGCAAAUUUCCUUCCGGAUCGAUCUUGGAAAGGCAUACAGCAUAAAAUCGUCAGUGCUUACAUUCAAAGGUUAUUAUUCAGGGAAUACAACAUUGCAAUAUCACGAUGACUCGAACGAUUGGCCUCAUUACGUUUACAAGACAUUUGUCACAGAGAUUCCACAAAGAGUGGAGUUUGAUGUUCAACGGACUGGAAAACUCAUCGUCUAUGAUUUCCGGAAACACAUGACAGAUGCUUUAGAAUUUGAGUUUUGCGAGAUUGGCAUAUAUGGUUGUGAAACUGAUCACUUUGGAAGCGACUGUCAGCAAUGUAUCAAGAACGACAACUGUGAAGUAUGUGACGUAAACAACGGGGAAUGUUAUGUCUGCAAAGAGGGUUAUACGGGACCAAACUGUAGCAUGAGUACCGAUAAUGUAGCUCUACAUAAAUCCACAGAAUUGUAUUCCAAUGAUGAAUAUCGUGUUUUCUUGCCUUCCUAUCUACUGGUGGAUGGAGACACCACACAGCCAAGCUGUAUUGAUUUCAAGUCUUAUCUGAAUGGAACGAUAUUUACUUUCAACGUUUAUCUUGGGGAUGUAUACAACGUCAAUGGUGUACGGCUUUAUUUUACCUAUGAAGGUGCUGCUGAUAAUUACGUCAAUUAUACGGUUGGGUAUUCCACUUCACAUCCCCAUUCUGGAAUAGAGAGGAUAUCUGCCAACUCUACAGAAGUAAUAAUUCCAUUCCCACAUAAAAUAUAUCAAAACUUGUACAUUGCGUUCACCUUGUUAGUUGACGAAAUAGCAGAAAUGAAUGAUGUACCAGUUUUACUCUGUGAAAUAGAGGUCAAUGGAUGUCCUCCUAAUCAUUAUGAUGGGUCAUGUGUGUGUCAGGCUGGUUACAAGGGAUGGAACUGUACAGAAGCGUGUUCAAAUAACACAUACGGUGUGAACUGUGUGUACAGCUGUGGGCAUUGCAUCAACGAAACGUGUGAUCACGUGACUGGAAAUUGUUCAAUCGGUUGUGACAGAGGUUGGACAACAAGCAAAUGCAAUACAGCUUGUAGCAGUGGCUGGUAUGGGCAGGAUUGUGUUAUGAGAUGUAGCAGUCAUUGUAUAACACCUGACGUGUGUGAUCACGUGACCGGAUCUUGUGUUGGAGGAUGUGCUACUGGAUGGACGAAUGAUGCAUGUGAUUCUGCUUUUAACAGUGGCUGGUAUAGAUGAAAUCACGUUACCGGAUAUAGUCUGGAAUGAUGUGCCACCGGAAAAAUGAGACGUGUGAUGCCAAUUCGUGUUUUAUUUUAUUGCUAGUAGCUCUCUGUAUUUCAUCUAUUUUAUAACGUUUUUAUUUUCUAUCAGUUGAUAUAAGAUAUCGCGAGUAUUUGACAACUCUUUGUGGAAGUAUUAAAAUUGAUGAUAAAAUAUUUUGUUUAUUUUCUUACAUGAUUUUUUCUGGCAAUAUAUCUAGUUUUAUUCUAUCUGGGUCAGGUGUUGAUUGGGCGUAAUGAUGUACGUCCGUAGCCUAUCAUGAUAUAACAUGGGGAACAGAGGGAUCCGGUUCUCUGGUCAGAUACGACCACGCUGUUACCAUAGUGUAAAACGUUAGCCUGGAAUCCAACGAAGACUUAUUUCAUGACGUCAUAUCGAUCAUGGAGGGACAAGAAUUGGUUGAUCACUGUUAAUUCGUCAAGUUGGUUAUUGUUGUCAAAAAACCACGACGUGGGAAUGAGAGUGACAGACAUGUACAUUAUAGCCAGUCCAGCAAAUGACAUAACCGUCAUCACGUGACAAUGAUCGGGGUGACGGAGUACGCAGAAUCGGUUUGUCAUCUGGCUUUCCAAGAAUCCUCAGAGUACAACUUAUGUCAACAACACGUAACAGCCUUCAGUAAUGUUACCAUGUUCAAUUGUAUUAAAAAUAUCAAAGUAUAUGUA